GCAACCAGAGAAAACCUUCCUCCCAUCCCAGGCAACCAGAGAGAAACCCUCCCAUACCACCCUCCCAGGCAACCAGAGAAAACCCUCCCCAUACCACCCCCAGGCAACCAGAGAAAACCCUCCCAUACCACCCUCCCAGGCAACCAGAGAAAACCCUCCCAUACCACACUCCCAGGCAACCAGAGAAAACCCUCCCAUACCACCCUCCCAGGCAACCAGAGAAAACCCUCCCAUACCACCCCCAGGCAACCAGAGAAAACCCUCCCAUACCACCCCCCAGGCAACCAGAGAAAACCCCUCCAAUACCACCCCCAGGCAACCAGAGAAAACCUCCUAUACCACCCUCCCAGACAACCAGAGAAAACUCCUCCCAUACCACCCCCCCAGGCAACCAGAGAAAACCCUCCCAUACCACCCUCCCCAGACAACCAGAGAAAACCCUCCCAUACCACCCCCCCAGGCAACCAGAGAAACCCUCCAAUACCACCCCCCAGGCAACCAGAGAAAACCCUCCCAUACCACCCCCCAGAGAAAACCCUCCCAACCAGAGAAAACCCCCCAGGCAACCAGAGAAAACCCUCCCAUACCACCCUCCCAGGCAACCAGAGAAAACCCUCCCAUACCACCCUCCCAGACAACCAGAGAAAACCCUCCCAUACCACCCCCAGGCAACCAGAGAAAACCCUCCCAUACCACCCCCCCAGGCAACCAGAGAAAACCCUCCCAUACCACCCUCCCAGACAACCAGAGAAAACUCCUCCCAUACCACCCUCCCAGACAACCAGAGAAAACCCUCCCAUACCACCCCCCCAGGAAAACCCUCCCCAUACCACCCCCAGGUAACCAGAGAAAACCCUCCCAUACCACCCUCCCAGGUAACCAGAGAAAACCCUCCCAUACCACCCUCCCAGGUAACCAGAGAAAACCCUCCCAUACCACCCUCCCAGGUAACCAGAGAAAACCCUCCCAUACCACCCUCCCAGGCGACCAGAGAAAACCCUCCCAUACCACCCUCCCAGGCAACCAGAGAAAACCUUCCCAUACCACCCUCCCAGCAGACACG